ACCUGCAGAAAACCCAGACGUAUACGGAGGCAUCCGUAUUAAAUGUGUCCCUUUGUCUGACUGCAUGAUAAUUACUUUCUACUAUCACAGCUCCCAAAUGAAUCUUCCGUCCUGUUGUGUCUCGAUUGAUUAACUCUCCCUGAACUCAUCAUGCAGCAACUAGUCAGGUCUGGUACACAGCGGAGGGUCAGUGUGCGGUCCCGGUCUGUAGACGCCGUCGCGUUCGUUUCAGUGGCGUGGUCUUUGUCGCCAAAUUUCUUUCCCCUUUACUCUUUAUUUUUCUUUAAUUCCAUCAAGUCGGUCAACAUGGGCAAAAAGGAGGAAGAGGAGAUCAUCAGAAUUGCGAAGAAGAUGGAUAAAAUGGCGCAGAAGAAAAACGGGGCUGGGGCUUUGGACCUGUUGAAGGAGCUGCGCAGCAUCCCGAUGACUCUCGAGCUGCUUCAGUCUACCAGAAUCGGGAUGUCCGUUAACGCCAUUCGUAAGCAGAGCACAGAUGAGGAGGUGACAUCCUUAGCCAAGUCUUUGAUCAAGUCGUGGAAAAAGCUUUUGGAUGAGCCUGGUGGUGGAGAUAAACCUUCAGAUGAAAAGAGGAAAGAACAAACAACGCCUGUUGUUUCUCCAUCACAGGGAAGCCCAGAGGCAAAAGAAGAAAGCAGCUCCAGCAGUAACUCCAGCAGCAAGAGCGAAUCUGCUGAAGUUACACCCAACACAUUAAUCAGCACCUUUCCUCGUGCCCCCAGCACCUCUGACUCUAUCAGGCUCAAGUGCAGAGAGAUGAUAGCAACUGCUCUGCAGACUGGAGAUGAUUAUAUUGCUAUUGGUGCCGAUUGUGAUGAACUUGGAGCACAGGUCGAGGAAUGCAUCUUCCAAGAGUUUAAGAACACAGACAUGAAAUACAAGAACCGCGUGCGAAGCCGAAUCUCAAAUCUGAAGGAUAUGAAGAACCCUAAUUUAAGGAGGACUGUGCUGUGUGGGAGUGUGACCCCUGAACGGAUAGCUAAGAUGACCGCAGAGGAAAUGGCCAGUGAUGAGCUGAAGGAAAUGAGAAAGAAUUUGACCAAAGAGGCUGUCAGGGACCACCAGAUGGCCACCACUGGAGGCACUCAGACUGAUCUAUUCACCUGUGGCAAGUGCAAGGGGAAGAGCUGCACCUACACACAGGUUCAAACUCGCAGUGCUGAUGAGCCAAUGACCACGUUUGUCUUCUGCAAUGAAUGUGGGAAUAGAUGGAAGUUCUGCUGAGUCUGCAGGCAUUUCCACGGCACUUGAACAAGUAGCAACAUUUCCUGGACCAGGUUCUGUCUCUCUGCAACAGAUCGGAGCUUUGCAUUCUGUGGUACAUGGUGCACAACAUGCCACACGAAGAUGCCACUGCGGUUACCGUUUGAAUAAAUAUCCUGUUCAUAGAUUGAGCUCGUUGUCAGUUUCCCGGCACCCUCCCCAAAAAUCUUUUACUAUUGUUAUUAGCUGUUUCUCACUGUCAGAUAUAUGCGAUCAGUCUUGUCUCAUUAUCUUUUAUCUGCAUUUUUUUAUAUGUAGUUUUAACACUUUGGACAAUGUUGUUUUGCUUUCCCCUCACAACAUUGCAUUGUUUUAUUUAAUUUCCCAAUAAAGUGUAAUCCAUUUGAUUAAAAAGAA